AUGAAGACAACCGCCUUCGCCGCCACCCUACUGGCCCUAUGCGCCUCCCUCGCCAGCGCCGGCGUGGUCAUCACGCCCAUCCACGCUGACCAGGUCGUGGCCAAGUCGGGCGGAGACUGCUUCUUUGGCGUAUCGACGCCGAGCGGAUGCGGGCCUCUACGCGGCUGA